AUGCCCGGGGGCCUAGGUGAAAACGUUUCGAGUUUGACGACUGAGGCGCGGAAUUUGUCGCUGACCGAGGUUGACGCUCAAACAAAACGUUCGCCGUCACCAGCUGCACCUCCAUCGCAUAGUGUUGAAGAGAAUGGGGCUGUUGUCUCAACGGGGAAGAACCAGAACGUGCUGGCUGCGUCAGCGGCGCAGCCGACCCCAGAAUUUCCGGUUAGCGGACCGAUAGGCCCGCACUUGUUUCAGAAAUUGAAGUUACUUGGGAAGGGUGAUGUUGGCCGAGUAUAUCUUGUCCUGUUGAAAGGCACCACCAAGCUCUACGCGAUGAAGGUUCUGACGAAAGAGGAGAUGAUCGCGCGUAACAAAGUGAAGCGCGUUUUGACUGAACGCGAGAUUCUCGCGACAGCCCACCAUCCAUUCAUCGUUACGAUGUAUGCAUCUUUCCAAACAAAGGAUCGACUGUAUUUCAUCAUGGAAUACUGCGCAGGGGGAGAAUUCUUUCGAGUGCUACAACGACAACCGAACAAACGCUUGCCUGAGGAUGCCGUGCGCUUCUACGCGGCUGAGGUCCUGCUCGCGCUGGAAUACUUACAUCACAUGGGCUUCAUAUACCGAGAUCUGAAACCGGAAAACAUCCUCAUGCGCGCUGAUGGACAUAUCGCCCUCACGGACUUUGAUCUGAGCAAGCAGGCGCAUCCUGUUUCACCUCGUGUCAUCAAACAUCAGAUUUCGUUCUUGGAUCGCAUGAAAGGCGCGAUCUCGGGAAACCGCGGGUCUCGGAGCAACCUCAAGGAUCUUGAGAUCGUCGAUUCUGAGCCUGUCCUCCCGUACGCAACAAAUUCCUUCGUGGGCACCGAGGAGUACAUUGCGCCGGAAGUUAUUCAGGGCGUUGGGCAUACGAGCGAUGUCGACUGGUGGACGUUUGGUAUUCUUCUCUACGAGAUGUUGACGGGAACGACACCAUUCAAAGGCUCCUACCAGGAUGAAACUUUCAAUAAUAUUGUACACGGAAACAUUCGCUUCGAUGAAUCUCUACACCUUUCACCGGAGUGCAAAAAUCUCAUCAAACGUCUGCUGAAGCGAGAUGCAUCCAAAAGACUCGGACAUGAGAACGGGGCCAGCGACAUUAAGCGCCAUCCGUGGUUUCGGAAAAUCGAUUUCAAUCUUAUUCGCAAUGAGACGCCACCGAUCAUACCGAAGCUGCGAGACCCGCUUGACUUUUCCCAAUAUCCGCCUCUGAAAGACAAAGAUCUCCAGGAUGACGUGGAACCAUUUGAUGAGAACUCGCCAGCGAACCCCUUCAAGAAUUUUGCAUCCAGAAAGUUGGAGCGGGGCAGCAGCUCCGCGGCGCUUUCCACCGCAGAUCGACCAGCAACCGCUGCACAGGAUGAGGAGACCCGUGUUCUGAGCACCAAGUCAGAGCCUGAAGUUUAG